CAUCUGUUGCUCGUCCGACUUCUUGGACAGGUUGCAUCGUCUGUGUAGUUGAGAUGUGGUGGGGGUCAGUUGCAUGAAACGAACCGCCACCUAAGAAAGCCCUCUCUGUGGGGGAUUGUCGUACGGCCGCAGGUUUUAUGAUGAGUAUGCAAGCCAUCCAAGGCGAAUUAUGCUACCUGCCUGAUUGGCAUGUCCUGCGUUGUACAGUAAACUAUUAACAGGCACAUGGUUUAUGCUCUGUGCUGACAGGGAGAGCCACAUCUAGCCAGAUGCUAAGAAGCCAUAACCACAGCAUGGAACCUCUCCUUUAGCGUUAUUUAAAAGGCCACAGCCCGGAAAACGUGGAUUGUUCAUGAAUGGGCCUAGCGUCAAAACAUACACAAUGCCAGAAGUGAGUCGGGACCCAAGCCCAGCAAGAUUGACUCGCUACCAUAAACCAUGGCGACUGGUGGGAUUGGUUCUGCCCGCGACCCCAGCCUCUGCCCCCACUGAUGAGGCGCUAAGGGCCAGCUCACGACCGCCUGGAAAGCCGUAAGCACCACCCAACCACUGCCGCGUGCGACAUUGAGAUCAGCCUAAGGACCACCCGGUUGGCCAGGAACGGAGCCCAUUGCAGGCGUCGCCCCACGCUACAGCAGCGAGUCCCCGGCAUUUGUCGCCAGCCACUGGCCAGGAACAGCGCUGUAACGCGCCUAGCUUGAGACGACGAAGCGAUUGGAGACACGGGCAUGGUAACGUGUGCCUCCACCCCGACGAGUAAGAAACAAAAAAAGGAAGCUAAGAGGUACACCCUGGGCUAAACCUAUUUACACCUGGUUACAUUGUCCCGUUAAACAAAGCUGGGCGUCGCUGUCGGCCCGUUUUCUGUUUUAAAAGCUGCCUUCGUCCGCCAUCACUGUUGCUCCCCUCUGUUCCCCCACGCCCGCCACUUCCUACUGUUUGUCUCCAAAAAAGGCAAACUGUUGCCAAACCACCAAAACAUGCGUUCCACCAUCUUCAACUCCGCUGCCAUGUUGCUGACUGCCGGCCAAGCUGCCUCGUGCAUGCUCUACGUCUCUUCUUACAGCGGCAAGGUUCACACCCUCAACCUGACGCAGUCUGCUGGCUCCGAAGCGCCUCCCGCCAUGGCUGAGGUGUCCGCCAGCAGUGGAUGCGGCGACAACCCUUCGUGGCUGACUCUUGACCACGCCAAUGCGGCUCUCUACUGCGUCGACGAGGGCUUCAACACUGGCGGCAGCCUCAAUUCGCUCCGUACCAACACCGAUGGUUCUCUGACUUCCCUUAACAAGGCUGCCACCAAGGCUGGCCCCGUCAGUGCUGUCUUCUUUGGCACCAAUGGCCUUGCUAUGGCUCACUACGGCAACGGCUUCUCUACCUGGAACAUUGCUAAGCCCUCGGCUCUCAAGAACGUCGAAUUCGAGACAUACACCGGCAAGGGCACCGACCCCGAUCGCCAGGAGGGUCCUCACCCUCACGAGGCUGUCCUCGAUCCUACCAAGAAGUACCUGCUUGUCCCCGAUCUUGGACUUGACCAGGUCCACGUCUACACCUUUGACGGCAAGACGCUCAAGACCAGUGCUCAGACUGCCCUCAAGGCUCCUGCUGGCAGCGGCCCCCGCCACAUUGCCUUUGCUACCAAGGGUACCAAGACCUUCAUGUACCUCAUCACCGAGUUGACCAGCAACAUUAUCGGCUACGAGGUCACCUACAACAACGGUAUCCAAUUUAAGCAGAUCUUUGCUCACGGUGUUCACGGUGAGGGCAAGCCCAACGUCAAAGGUGCCUAUGCUGCCGAGAUUGUUGUUUCUCCCGACAACAAGUUCUUGAUUGCCUCUUCUCGCGGCGACAACACCUUCGACAUCAACGCCUUUGGCGCCAAGGGCACCAUCAAGUCCGACCCUCUCAUCAACUACUCCAUCGGCGAUGAUGGCAAGCUUACCGUCCUCCAGGAUGUCGCUUGCGGUGGUAGCUACCCUCGCCAGUUCUCCAUGAACAAGGCCGGUACCCGCGUUGCUGUCGGCCUGCAGAAGGACCACCGCGUUGUUGUUAUUGAGAGAGACACCAAGACCGGCAAGCUCGGCAAGUUUGUUUCCUACGCCAACAUUGAAGGCGAGGUUACUUCUGUCGUCUUCAACGAGUAAAAACAAGAACAAAAUACACCAGCAGUCUAUACCUCUGUGUAGCUUGGAUACGAAACAGAAUAAGCAGCUGCGCCAUGCUGCUGUAAAUAGCUACCGAUUGAGCUGCUUAUUGGCUUGUAUAUACAUAUAUAGAGAUGUUUAUGAAUUGACGCCUCCCAUCCCAUCUUCCUAUAUUGCAUGGCAAUUUUAAAUAUAAUUUUUUCAACUUGCUAAUUCUACUCUCUCUGGAUGCCGAUCUUCU